AUGAUCAAGACCGACUUCGCACAUCACCUCUCUGCGAACACACCACGCAACAGAGUGUCUCCAAGUCCGUCGCUAAAGUUUGCGGCAGCGAGUUCGCAGCUGAUCCCGCUGUGGUUGCUCCGGGGUAUCGCCGGUGCUACUGGUGCCCACUCGGGCCCGACUGCCUUGGAGUUCGCCCUGAAAGCUCCCACGGACAGUCACUGUGCAUCUGUUUCGGCGCCGCCUGCCUGGUGUGAGGCCUCUGCGGUUGCGCAUGAUGGUUCUGUGGCAAAGCACCCGUCGGCAGCAGAGUUGCCUAUCCCCGAUAGUCUGGCGUCCGCGCAGGCCCAGUACGAUAUUCAACUACAGGCGUACCAGCAGCUGGUGGAGGCACAGAACUCUUCCCUUCCGCUUCUGCGUGGUGCCAUGGAGGACCCUGCGGCCAAGGCGCACGAUGUGGACGAUUGCAGCGACGGCGGCGCGAGCUCCGAGACCUGCCGCUCGGAGGCCCUGCAGGAGCACGUGCGCUCUUUGCGCGAGCUGCUUCCGACUCGCGUCAAAAUGCAGGAUUGUGUCAUAUCCCUGCUUGGUGAGCCGGUCUCUGUGGCUGUUCGAGACAGCGGUGCCCCUGCUGUUGGCACGGCUGCCGCGACGAUGCUUGACGGCAUGAGCGUGAAGAUGGCUGAUCUCACCAAGCCCUUGGUGCAGUGGAUGGCUGAUAUGAGUGCCCGUACUGAUGAGCUCGCAUACGAUUCUCCAAGGGUGGCUGCUUGCAUCGGGCGUGCUGGCAAGCUCGAGCAGGGCAAUGAGGCGGACGAGAUCUGCCGGCGCUCGCCUGGCAUCGAGGUGUGCAGGUUCGGCAAGCAGUGCACUGGGCGCGGCUGUCCCUUCCGUCAUCCUCGCGGCAAGGCUGCCCUCGACGAGGCGACGCCUGUGACGGUCCAAUACGCGUCGAGCCGUGCGCCAGGCCGAUCAAUCACAAAGAGGUUCGAUGACGUUGUCCUGGAGGCGGAACUGGUAGACUAUCGCGAGAUGCCUGGCCACCCUGAGCGUGGAGCGACGCCUCCGGAGUUCGAGACGGCGGAGCCCUUCGGCAAGAUGGACCUGAACCCCGCCAUCACGAACGUGUCGCACCAGGUGCACCACCUGUCCUUCGGCGCCAUGGACUCGCCGAUCUCCGUGAAGGAGAGGUAUGCCAGGCUGAAGAACGCGCAGAUUUCAGACGACAUCUUGUCGCACAUCAUGCCUGUCGACGGCAGAACAUUUACCGUUGAACACUUCCAUGAGGCGCCGGAGCACUACUUGAAGGUGAUGAGCGUCAAGAUGGAGGGCGAAAAGGUCCUCUACCAGAUGACGCACGCUGCGAGGACGGACGCACCGGCUGAAGAAGAAGGAUGUGGUGCCCAAGGCCCGCUUCAUGUACGACUUCUCGCCCAUGAGCGUGCAGGUGAAGAGCAGCAGCAAGCGGUGGUACGAAUUCGUGACGUCGCUCUUCGCGAUCCUAGGUGGCGCAUACACCGUCAUGGAGCUUUGCAGCGGCGCGGUGGAGACAACCACCACUUUCGUGAAGGAGGCGCUCGGAAAGGACAACUGAGAUUGGGUGGCAUGCCGCACGUUAGGCUGGUGAGCGUGCCGGCCAGAGCGUGCGGACAUGGCUCUCGCUGUGCCUGCGCACCGUCGGCUCAGAUUCGUCGGCCAGAUGCUGGGGCGGCCUUCUUCGAUGGACCGGAGGGCCACGAGAGGUCGUGCACGGCCGCGCUUGACCCGUGCACGGACGCACGCCGAACCUGA